AUGUCCCUCUCACGGGCCACCCUCGGCCUUGCCGCCCUCGCCAUCGGCUUCGCGCGGGCCGCCAUCGUCGAGCACAACUUCAACGUCGGCUGGGUCCACGCGAACCCCGACAACGCCUUUACCCGUUCCACCAUCGGCAUCAACGGCAAAUGGCCCCUGCCCGCCAUUGAAGCCAACGUGGGCGACACCAUCGUCGUCAACGUGACGCAGUGCGCCAUUCCUCCAGGUGGUUCUUUCACCUACCGCUUCAAGGUCGAGCAACAUGGCACCUACUGGUACCACUCCCACACGCACAGCCAGUAUCCUGAUGGUCUAAGGGGUCCCCUCAUCAUCCAUGACCCCCAGGCCCCCUUCAGGGACCAGUACGACGAGGAGCUGGUUCUCACUCUGUCCGACUGGUACCAUGACCAAAUGUCCGACCUCAUCCCCCAGUUCCUCGCCAAGAGCAACCCGACUGGUGCCGAACCCGUGCCCCAGGCCGCCCUCAUGAACGAGACCCAGGACCUCGCCGUCCGCGUAGAGCCAGGGAAAACCUAUCUUUUCCGUGCUGUCAAUCUCGGCGCCUUUGCCUCCCAGUAUCUGUGGUUCGAGGGCCACACCAUGACCAUUGUUGAAGUUGACGGCGUUUAUACCAAGCCCGCCGAGACCAACAUGAUUUAUCUCUCGGCUGGCCAGCGCUGUAGCUUCCUUUUGACCGCGAAGAAGGAUACCCAUCAAAACUUCGCCUUUGUCGGGAGCAUGGACAUUGAACUCUUCGACGUCUUGCCAGACGAGUUAAACUGGAACGUCACAGGUUGGCUCGUGUACAACGAGGACCGCGACCUGCCCAAGGCCCUCGACGUCGCCGAAUUCGAGCCCAUCGACGACAUGACCCUGGUGCCCUACGACGAGGCGCCCCUCUUACCCGAGCCGGACCGCACCGUCGAGCUCAACGUCGUCAUGGACAAUCUCAGGGACGGCGCCAACUACGCCUUCUUCAACAACAUCACCUACAAGGCCCCCAAGGUGCCCACCCUGUACACCGUCCUCACCGCCGGCGACAUGGCCACCAACGCCCGAAUCUACGGCGAGUACACCCACAGCUUCGUCCUCGAACAGGACGAGAUCGUGCAAAUCGUCGUCAACAACCACGACGACGGUCGCCACCCGUUCCAUCUCCACGGUCACCAGUUCCAGGCCGUCUACCGCUCCGAAGAGGACGCCGGCGACUUUGACGAGGCGGCCCUCGAGGACGCCGACUUCCCUGCGAUCCCCAUCCGGCGUGAUACCCUGGUGGUUUGGCCCAAUGGCAAUAUCGUCCUGCGCUUCAAGGCGAACAAUCCCGGUGUUUGGCUCUUCCACUGCCACAUCGAGUGGCACGUCGUCUCCGGCCUCGUCGCCACCUUCAUCGAGGCGCCCGAACAACUUCAGGAGAUGGUCACUAUUCCCAAGGACCACCUGCGCGCUUGCGCAGACGGAAAUGUCCCUACCAAGGGCAACGCGGCCGGCCACACCCGUGACCUGCUCGACUUGUCAGGCCAGAACACGCCCCCGCCACCACUUCCAGAAGGCUUCACUACCGGUGGCAUCAUUGCUUUCCUCAUCAGCUGUCUUAUGGGCGUCCUCGGUGUGACCGUCGUUGGCUGGUACGGAAUUACUAAGCCGGACGAGGACCAGGAACCUCCUCAGUCACCCACGUUGGCUCCACUGAUCAACAGGUCCGAUGACGCCGACGAGGCGCAACCAAACCGCGGGUACGAUGGGGAAGAGGAUGAGAGACAGUAG